GAGGGGCGGAGGGGUGGGAGCCCGGAGCUUUAUGUUCGUUCGCGCGGGGCUGGCUGCGUACCCGGCCUUGGGCACCUGGAGAGCCGUCCGUGUCCCUGUCUCGAACUGGCCUUUUCGCCCUCCGCCCUGUGACAGCUUCCCAGCUUCGCCCUUCUUUCCCACGUCUCCGUUCGGCCCCAGACAGCACAAUGGUGGGUGAAGAGAAGAUGUCUGUAAGAAAACGGCUGUCAAAGCCCAGUGAAAAUCUUGAGGAAGAGGGAGGCCGGGGAACCCCUCCCGCAGAGGAGUCCCUGGAGACACCCAGUAAUGAUAAGAUUGACAUGAAACAAUUGAUAGCAAAGAAGAUACGGUUGACUGCAGAGGCAGAGGAAUUGAAGCCAUUUUUUAUGAAGGAAGUUGGCAGUCACUUUGAUGAUUUUGUGACCAAUCUCAUUGAAAAAUCGGCAUCAUUAGACAAUGGUGGGUGUGCUGUCACGACCUUUUCUGUUUUUGAAGGAGAGAACAACCAUAGAACCCUAGAUCUGAGAGCACCUCCAGAACAUGGAAAGAUUUUUAUUACAAGGCGAUCUCUCUUAGAUGAGCUGUUUGAGGUGGACCACAUCAGGACAAUAUAUCACAUGUUUAUUGCCCUCCUCAUUCUCUUUAUCCUCAGCACACUUGUAGUAGAUUACAUUGAUGAAGGAAGGCUGGUCCUUGAGUUCAGUCUCAUAUCUUAUGCUUUUGGCAAAUUUCCUGUUGCUAUGUGGACAUGGUGGGCCAUGUUCUUAUGUACACUUUCAAUUCCCUACUUUAUCUUUCAACAUUGGGCCAGAGGCUACAGCAAGAGUACUCAUCCAGUGAUCUAUUCUCUCUUCCACUGCUUACUUUUUAUGGUCUUCCAGAUUGGAGUUCUAGGUUUUGGACCAACAUAUGUUGUAUUAGCAUAUACACUGCCACCAGCUUCCCGGUUUAUUGUCAUACUGGAACAGAUUCGUUUGAUAAUGAAGGCCCAUUCAUUUGUCAGAGAGAAUGUGCCUCGGGUACUAAAAUCAGCUAAUGAGAAAUCAAGCACUGCCCCAGUACCCACCGUCAACCAGUACCUGUACUUCCUGUUUGCGCCUACCCUCAUUUACCGGGACCACUAUCCCAGGACUCCCACUGUAAGGUGGGGUUAUGUUGCUAUGCAGUUUGCACAGGUUUUUGGUUGCCUUUUUUAUGUGUACUACGUCUUUGAAAGGCUCUGUGCCCCCUUGUUUCGUAAUAUCAAACAGGAGCCCUUCAGCGCCCGUGUUCUGUUCCUGUGUGUAUUUAACUCCAUCUUGCCAGGUGUGCUGAUUUUGUUCCUUAUGUUUUUUGCCCUUUUGCAUUGCUGGCUCAAUGCCUUUGCUGAGAUGUUACGCUUUGGUGACAGGAUGUUUUAUAAGGAUUGGUGGAACUCCACAUCAUACUCUAACUAUUACCGGACCUGGAAUGUGGUGGUCCACGACUGGCUAUAUUACUAUGCUUACAAGGACUUUCUCUGGUUUUUCACUAAGAAAUUCAGAUCAGCUGCCAUGUUAGCUGUCUUUGCUGUGUCGGCUGUAGUGCACGAAUAUGCCUUGGCUGUUUGCUUGAACUUUUUCUACCCAGUGCUCUUCGUGCUUUUCAUGUUCUUUGGAAUGGCUUUCAAUUUCAUUGUCAAUGAUAGUCGGAAAAGGCCAAUUUGGAAUGUUCUCAUGUGGACUUCUCUCUUUGCGGGCAAUGGUGUCCUCCUGUGCUUUUAUUCUCAAGAGUGGUAUGCACGUCAACACUGUCCUCUGAAAAAUCUCCUGCUAGUUUCCUCCUGUGUCCUGAAAAUGUAAGUGUUCUCCAGAAUUUUCCCAAUGGCAUGUGCAUCCUCUGCUGCCACCACCUUAACAGAUGUAUCUUUUACCUCUUCUCUCCCCAAAUAAUAAACUCUUUGUAAAAAUGUCCAGCUAUACUCAUAUGCCUGGGAUCCUAUUUCCCUUGAUUCUUUUUGUUCUUUUGUACAGAUCUGUACGAAAAGAUCUGUACUCUUUUCUUUUUUGUAAUUAGAUAAGAGUGUCUUUCUUAGAGCUUUGGCUUUUAACUGCAUAUGAAUAAUUCCCAGAUAUUUAGGGGGUGUAGAAUAUAUCCUGAUACAUUUGCCUUGGUGGUUCUCACAGGCACCUACACCUGUGAGAUGCCCAUAAUCAAAUUAAUUAGGUUUUCUCCCAAAGCUUCCUUUACUGUCUACCCUGUGUCCCUGUGUCUGUUAUGCUGCCCUAACACCCCCUCCUCAUGUCAUUAUUAAUCCUGUUUUCUGCAUUUGAACUGACCUUUCUGAACUCUGUCUCUGGUCAUGUUUCUCCUUAUACCCAGAUUCCACUUGUCAGAUUUUGUUUUAAUCAAAAGCCAAUUUGGAUGCAGUAUCUUCUCUGAAGCUUCUUCAAAUACUUGCUCCAGUCUCUUUUUGUAGUACUUUAUGUGUUUCUCAUUUAGAUAACUCAGUAAUUUUAAAUCUUGUUUUUAUCGUAGUUGGUAUAUAUAUUUACCAUCCUUAACCUACCACUGUUUAGAUUUUAGGCUACUAAAAUUGGGGCUGUGCUAAAAUAAAAUUCAAGAUACAAAGAAGAGGGCAGUGCCUUUUUGGAAUUUGGUCAUCAGUCCAUGCAGUUGUGUAGAAUUUGCUGGACUUUAAAAGCUUCAUGUAAAGCUUCUAAGUCAAAUCAACUUGUGCUAUAUACAAAAAUAAUGAACAUCUUUUGAAUUCGUGAUCUACUUAAUAGCUAAAAGUUUACUUACUGAAUGUGGGAGGUAUUUUAAAGAUGUAUAAUAGCAUGUAACACUAAUACCCCCUGCUUACGCCCACACCUCAUAAACACAGUGCACACAAAUAAAUGACUCUUCCGUUC